CCUCUUCCCCCCCCCCUCUCUGGGUGUUGCCUGCCCGGUUUUACGACUCUGGAGUUUGGAGUUUCGCUGGGGUGUUGCAGAGAAGAAGACGAGUCAAACCGGGUCAUUUGUGUAACGACAGCAUUUUAAACUUCUUGGAGCGCAGAGUCGGGGACCCGUCAUUUUGUUUGCGCUGUACUUUUUCAGGCCACACCGGACUGGUUUAUUUUAGCCGCUGUUAGCUUGCUAAGCUAACCGAGCUCGAGCUGCUGUAACGUUGGCUGGGUCGCCAGCGAGAGAGCCGUCCGAUGCAGGCCAUUAAGUGUGUGGUGGUGGGGGACGGGGCUGUGGGUAAAACAUGCCUGCUCAUCAGCUACACUACCAAUGCCUUCCCUGGAGAGUACAUCCCCACAGUCUUCGACAACUACUCUGCCAACGUGAUGGUUGAUGGGAAACCAGUGAACCUGGGCUUGUGGGAUACAGCAGGACAGGAGGACUACGACAGGCUCAGGCCACUGUCCUACCCACAGACAGACGUGUUCCUGAUUUGCUUUUCACUAGUCAGUCCAGCUUCCUUUGAAAACGUCCGUGCCAAGUGGUACCCUGAGGUGAGACACCACUGCCCCAACACACCCAUCAUCCUGGUGGGCACCAAGCUGGACCUGAGAGACGACAAGGACACUAUUGAAAAGCUUAAGGAGAAGAAACUCUCCCCCAUCAUCUACCCUCAGGGCUUGGCCAUGGCGAAAGAAAUAAGUGCAGUAAAGUAUCUGGAGUGCUCAGCCUUGACACAGCGAGGCCUUAAGACAGUGUUUGAUGAAGCCAUCAGGGCGGUCCUGUGCCCCCCACCCAUCAAGAAGAGGAAGAGAAAGUGCAAAAUAUUGUAAUUGAGAACCACAGGGAGUAGAAAAUACGAUUGCAGUCAGAACUCGCCUACUCAGAGGGGGAAAAAUGAUGUAUGGGUUCCCCAAAUAUCUGUUCACCCCCUGUGUCCUUGCUUACAUAGAAGCUCUGGUAGAUCAGACUUUCAUCUGAAAGAACUUCACAGAUUUAAGCAGCGCUUAAGGUUUUCAUUCAGGUCUGGCUUGUAGUUUCUUACAUCUGUUUAGUCCUUUCAGACUGACAGGAAUGAAGUGACUUUGCUAAGGCCUCGGGGAAUGUGAGGGUGGGGGAUUUGAUUUGGGAUAUGGGGUUGAUUAAGGAGAAAGAGGGAGGAUUUUACAAAAGUCAUUUUUCUCAUUGUGAAGAAACACUACUUGAACGUGAAUUAAUCAUGCGAUUACCGUAGAUUUAACUCUAUACCAGAAGGAAGUCCUGCACAGCGCUCUUUCCCCUACACACUAAGAGAUUCCUGCUGCCUUGAUGAAGUUUUACUUUAGGUUAAAAUGUUUUUUAGAAGCUCUAAUUUCUCCUUUUUCCAUGUCAGUCUUUUGUCAGCUGUGGUUUGACGGACCGUUUGUUUACAGGUGUCAUCUGACGAGACUGAGGUGCUGCCAAAACUCAGUCAACGGUCAUCACUUUGUCGUCACUCCAUGAACACUAAAAUGUUGUUUUUCUUCCUUUUUACUUUUGUUUUAACCUUCCAUCAAUGCAGUUAUGAAGAAAUGGUUUAACCCUUAAAUUACUUUAUUGACUUCCAACGUGUUGUAGCAGCUGCUAAAUUAAGUAAUAAUUACACCUACAUUGAGCAAGCAUUUAAAACACAGCCUGAUAGAUAUUUAACAGGUAGUUAUCUCAUUUUGUUCCUAAAAGCUUUCUAGAUGAAUCCAUUGCUCUCUUCUCACUAUGUGUUAAACUAUUACACACAGUGUUUUAUGACUGACUGUCGGACGUGAAGGUGCAGUGUAGCCACAGUUGUGCUGGCUCAUUCUCUAUUUAUCUGUAAAGGUUAUACCCAUCAUUUCAAGUUUUCACUAAAUUCUUGCUCAGAAAGUGCUUUGAAUAUUCAGGCUUUUUAUUCAGUAUAUGAUGCUCAUAUUGCUAUCAUAAUGGUGUGUCAUCAUGCUAACCCCAUCAUUUACAGUGUUUUAUGAAGUCAACGAGCCGGUGUAUCAGCACUCAAUGGUUGUAACUCAUUUUGCUGUUUUUGUUGUACAAUAUGACCUUGAGCAGUAACAGUAUUCAGCAGAUGAAUUUUAUUUUGUAAUGGGCGACGAUCAAAUUGCAUGGGUGCUCUGGGGGACCAGUGUAAAUCUAGACUCAUUUUAUCAGUGUUUCAAUGGAACAGAGGAAUUGCACACUUGGAUUUACUUUCUUGCUAAAUGUGAUUUCAUUUUCACAUAGUACUAUGCUGACGAUUUUUUUUUUUUUUUUUUUU